AGUUCUCCUGCGUCAGAUCUCGCUGCCAGAAGAGGUGUAUUUAGCAGACGACAUUAUGGUUCUGUGGAACUGUUAACAUCAGUCGAUGCUGAAGGAUGUCUACAGAAUGCUGGAAGAUUUCGUGUCGAGAGUGGCGAGAGAGAAGGCGAAGAGAUUUUACAUUCUUUAUCCAGUCCUUUAAAUAGUCCAAUUCAUUUAGAAAAUCCUGAGUUUCAGACGCGUUGGUACUUUAAGUAUUUCCUCGGAAAAUUACAUCAGAACUAUGUAGGAGUGGAUGUAGAAAAAGAACCGUUUUUACUGUCAGUUGUUGUCACGGACGCCAAUAAUCACAAUGUUCAACAAUAUAGAGCCAUUUUAUGGCGAAAAUCCGGUGCCAAAAAAAUCUCCCUGCCUUAUAAUCCUAAUAAACCUCAAACAGUUAAAGGAAUUUUAAGUCAUUUUGAUAUAGAGAAAUUAGAACGAGGACCAAAAGAAAUUUUUGACCCUGAAAUACAGAAAGAGUUAUUAGUUCUAGAGGAACAGGAAGGGUCAGUGAAUUUUAAAUUCGGAGUUAUUUAUGCCAAAGAAGGACAGACGUCUGAUGAUGACUUUUACAGCAACGAAACUGCUCCUGAGGAGUUUGAUAAUUUCCUGUGUUUACUGGGAGAUAGAGUCAAGUUAAAAGGUUGGGAUAAGUUUAAAGGUGGUUUGGAUAUUAAAUCCAAUACAACCGGUGAAGAAACAAUAUACACAGUUUAUGAAGGUCAUGAGAUAUUAUUUCAUGUUUCUACCAUGCUGCCUUACAACUCUCACAACAAACAACAGGUGGAAAGAAAACGUCAUAUUGGUAAUGAUAUUGUGAAUAUAGUAUUUGUAGACUGUGAUAGUGAUAAGAUACCAUCGUUUAAACCAGCCAUGAUGAAGACUCGCUUUACUCAUAUUUUUGCUGUUGUAACUCAUGAUAAGAACAACGAUUCAUAUAGAUUAUAUGUGUUUUCUGAAGAAUCUACGCCAUUAUUCGGCCCCCCAUUACCCUCACCAGCGACGUUUCAUGAUCAUUCUGAAUUCAGAGAUUUUCUUCUUGUCAAAUUAAUAAACGGUGAAAAAGCAGUAGUGAACAACCCACUGUUCGCUCAGAAACGGGAACGAACGUUAGAUAUGUUGAUAAAAACUUUAUAUCAAGAAUAUAUGUCAGAGGUAACAAAGAAUAAUAUGUUGUAUCGUCGAGCGUUUAGUGAUGUCAUACAAGAUAGUCAUGGUUCUCGGAGAAAAGAGGAAGUUCGGAGAUCAGAAUUUGUUCGAGUGGGACAGACUCUAAAAUUAAAAACAAUAUUAAAGGGUGAUGCCCCUACAAGUUUAGUGACAACAGGGUUGUUAAAACGAGAGCCUUGGGAACCUCAGAGAUGUUUUAUGGAAUUCCCCUACUCUAUUACUUGUGGAGAUUCUUGGGGAGAUAAACUGAUUGUAGCAACAAAUGAUGGUGUCAUGGUUUUAGAAGAGGGUCUUUCACCACGACCAAUAUUUGAUAAGACUGUAAUAGUUAAACAGUUAAAUGUUAUAGAAGCUCAUGGUUUACUCAUCAUGAGAACAGAUAAAGGUAAAGAUGGAAAGAUCAAUGUAUUCAGAUUGAGUGAUUUUGAAGGAGAAUUGGCUGAUGUAGCUAGAACCAAGACAGAUUGUAGAGAACACAGACUGGAGAGAGCCAAAGGAUGUCACAUGUAUGCUUUGAGUCGUCCAGGAGGAAGUCACCUGAGGAUGGUGGUAGCUGUCGGGAAGAAGUUGUUGUUGUUUACAUGGAAACAUUCAGCUGCCUGGUCAGCAUGGUGUCCAUCUGUAGAUCUAGAUACUAUUGAUGGCUUCACGUUUGUUAGGGAGUUGUCUGCCUUUGAACAGCCUCAGAUGUUAACGUUAGUGGAUGGAAUAAAACACGACAAUCAGAUCUGUGUCAGCUAUAAAAACCAGUUUGAUUUGAUCAAUGAGAAAAAUGGUGACACUCUUCAACUACAUAAAGUGGAUGCCAAUAAGGUGAAUCUAGUAGCAGCUUUAGAUAUAUAUGAAGAUGAUGAAGCAGAAUUGAUGCUGUGUUAUAAUCGUAAGUAUAUUUACCUUCACGCCUAUGUGAGCCAUUUCCAGAAGUUACGAGAAGAGAACUGUAAUGAUUUUGACUUUUUAUGGAAUUCAGAACCCCAAGCUAUAGUUUGUGCCUUCCCCUAUGUAAUGGCCUUCACGUCUGAUACAAUAGAAAUAAGAUUGAUAAUAAACGGUAAUCUAGUACAUACCAUGACUAUGCCUGAUUUAACUCUUAUAACUUCUAAAGUAAGUUCUUAUUUUCUUACAAGAGAGUAG